AUGAUGCCCUUAUUAGAUUAUACGUUUGCUGAGAAUGGGUCACCCCUUAAUGGAUCCAGCUGCGGUUUAAGUGCUGAGACACUAAAACGGUUUGUGCGGAGGCGUGGGAUGCACAGACCACUACAAAAAAAACGCUUAUUAUCUACGGGUAAAAUUCGUAGUGGUAUCAGAGUCGAUGGUGAUGAUUCGUUUAGUGUCAAUGAUUCGUUUAGUGCCGACUCAAUGUAUCAAAGUCUUCUUGCCAAAAGUACAAAUAAGUUUGGUUUUCAGUUGUUUGCAUUUGGGUGA